CAUCUCAUUGUCGCGUACAGUGGCGCCGCGGACGGCAGUUCCCUCAACAGAUAUCCACAACCGACAGUUCAUAAAAACAUGGCUGCCAGCGACGACGAGCCGAUGCACCUCUACGAGGUUUUUCAAAAUUGCUUUAAUAAAAUAGCCAACAAACAACCCGAAAAGCCAGGCUUCCAAUCACCGUACGGACCAACAAUGGACAAUGGAAUGGCGUAUGGUGGCGGUGCAUUCGGUCCAGCGGCAAACGGCCCAGCCAGUGGUCCAGGUGGCGGAGGUGGAACAACUGUCGAAGGCGCAACGUAUCCUCCGGAUUCUCCUUAUUUUCCUUUUGGGACACGGGGAGUUCCUCCACCCACGGUAGGCACCCCGACAUCAGCGUCUAAUCCUGCUACGCCGACUGGAAACACUGCACGGCGCCGCUGCCGUCAAAAGAAAGAAAGACAGCUUGGACAGCGCAGACGGGGAAGUGGUCACAACGCAACACUGGCGCUGUCCUCUUGUAGUAGUUCCGUCGUCUACUACUAUUCGUCUACUCGAUCAUGCUCUUAUACUUAUACUUACACUUAA